AUGACCAAGAGACGUCCAAGGGCAAGUGUCCAGUUGCCACAUGGACUUGUGAACCUGGCAGCCUGUGAGGGGCUGGAGGCUGGAGAUGUUCACAAAAAGGAUUCUGGCUUUUGGCGAGAAUUUGGCUUUGGAAUGACUUGUCCGUAUCGAUCAGAUUUCCUGACCAUAGGUGGAUUUGACGUGGAAGUAAAAGGUUGGUGUGGAGAUGUUCAUCUUUAUCGAAAAUACUUACAUGGUGACCUGAUUGUGAUUCGGACUCCAGUUCCUGGUCUUUUCCACCUCUGGCAUGAGAAACGCUGUGCUGAUGAGUUGACUCCUGAACAGUACCGUGUGUGCAUCCAGUCCAAAGCCAUGAAUGAGGCCUCUCACUCGCACCUAGGAAUGCUGGUCUUCAGGGAGGAGACUGAGACGCAUCUUCACAAACAGGUAUACAGGACAAAGUGCGAAGCUGUUGGUUAA